AUGCAGCUGCAGAAGCUCUACGAUGAUCCUCAGGUCUCCAAGACAAUGAUGAGUCCUCAGCCGAUGCAACAACUUUUGUCCCCUGCUCAGCUCCAGGCUCUGCUUCAACAACAGCAGCACACUAUCCUGAUUCAGCAGCAACAUUUGAAAGAGUUCAAUAAGAAGCAACAAAAGCGCUUUCGCCUACAGCAGCUUCAGCAGCAACAUCCAAGCAAAAAAGACAAAUUAUCUAGACAGCAGACUGUGUUCCAACAGCUCCUCCAGCUCCAGGUACAGCAGAUGUUCAAAGUACAGAGGCCAAGUGUCGCCUCCCACAGCCAGUUUCCAGAUGACGCUCAGAGGUCCACAAUGGCCCCUGUCACUCCCUUAUUCCCAACCCAGGGAAUUGCAGAACCCACAAGUGGGAGGGACAUGCAAAAGAGCCAUUCUGACAAGCACCUCUGCACUAUUUCUUCAGACAUGUGUCUAAACUAUAAUAUGUACGGAAAUUCUGAUAUCAGGCCACCUUUUACCUAUGCAACUCUAAUAAGACAGGCUAUAAUGGAUUCAUCAGAUAUGCAGUUAACACUUAAUGAGAUAUACAGCUGGUUUACACAGACCUUUGCCUACUUCAGACGCAAUGCUGCAACAUGGAAGAAUGCAGUUCGUCACAACCUGAGCCUGCACAAGUGUUUUGUACGUGUGGAAAACGUGAAGGGGGCAGUGUGGACAGUGGAUGAUGUGGAGUACCAGAGAAGGAGGUCUCAGAAGAUGACAGGGCUCUUAUGAAGGAAACUGCCCUGACUAUAUUGAAGAGCAGGAGCCCUGCAGGCCUGACAAGCAGAAGUUAUU